AUGCCUCCCCCUCCGCACCUCCUCCUCCUGCCGCUCCUCCUCAUCCUUCCAUCCCCCUCCUCCGGCUCCCCGGACCGCGACAUCUACGCGCUGGGCAAGAUCAAGGCGGCCCUCGUCCCGGCCCCGACCACCACCGCCUCCCCCAACCCCCCGCUCGCCGACUGGGACCCGGCGGCGACGUCCCCGGCCCACUGCGCCUUCACCGGCGUCACGUGCGAUGCCGCGACGUCCCGCGUCGUCGCCAUCAACCUCACCUCCCUCCCGCUCCACGCCGGCACCCUGCCCCCGGAGCUCGCGCUGCUGGACUCCUUGACCAACCUCACCAUCGCCGCCUGCUCCCUCCCCGGCCGCAUCCCCGCGGGCCUGCCCUCCCUCCCCUCCCUCCGCCAUCUCAACCUCUCCAACAACAACCUCUCCGGCCCCUUCCCCGCCGGCGACGGGCAAGGAGCGCUGUACUUCCCGGCCCUCCAGCUCCUCGACUGCUACAACAACAACCUCUCUGGCCCGCUCCCGCCCUUCGGCGCCGCGCACGCGGCCGCGCUGCGCUACCUGCACCUCGGCGGGAACUACUUCUCCGGCCCCAUCCCGCCGGCCUACGGCGACGUCGCCUCCCUCGAGUACCUCGGCCUCAACGGCAACGCGCUCUCCGGGCGCGUCCCGCCGGAGCUGGCCAGGCUGGGACGGCUCAGGAGCCUCUACGUCGGGUACUUCAAUCAGUACGACGGCGGCGUGCCGCCCGAGUUCGGCGGGCUGCGCAGCCUCGUGCUGCUCGACAUGAGCAGCUGCAACCUCACCGGCCCCAUCCCGCCCGAGCUCGGCAAGCUCAAGAACCUCGACACGCUCUUCCUCCUCUGGAACCGGCUCUCCGGGGAGAUUCCAACGGAGCUCGGCGAGCUCCAGAGCCUGCAGUCGCUCGACCUGUCGGUGAACGACCUCGCCGGCGAGAUACCGGCGAGCCUCGCCAAGCUGAAACACCUCCGGCUGCUCAACCUGUUCCGGAACCACCUCCGCGGCGGGAUACCGGCGUUCGUCGCCGAGCUGCCGGACCUCGAGGUGCUGCAGCUCUGGGAGAACAACCUCACCGGCAGCCUCCCGCCGGGGCUCGGGAGGAACGGCCGGCUCAGGAACCUCGACGUCACCACCAACCACCUCACCGGCACCGUGCCGCCGGAGCUCUGCGCCGGCGGCAGGCUCGAGACGCUCGUGCUCAUGGACAACGCCUUCUUCGGCCCCAUCCCGGAGUCGCUCGGCGCGUGCAAGACGCUGGUGCGCGUCCGGCUCAGCAAGAACUUCCUCAGCGGCGCCGUGCCGGCCGGGCUCUUCGACCUGCCGCAGGCCAACAUGCUGGAGCUCACCGACAACCUGCUCACCGGCGAGCUCCCCGACGUGAUCGGCGGCGGCAAGAUCGGCAUGCUGCUGCUGGGGAAUAACGGGAUCGGCGGCAGGAUUCCGGCGGCCAUCGGCAACCUCCCCGCGCUCCAGACGCUCUCGCUCGAGUGCAACAACUUCUCCGGCGAGCUGCCGCCGGAGAUCGGCCGGCUCAGGAACCUGUCCCGGCUCAACGUCAGCGGGAACCAUCUCACCGGCGCGAUCCCGCAGGAGCUCACGCGCUGCGCGUCGCUCGCCGCCGUGGACGUCAGCCGCAACCGCCUGACCGGCGCGAUACCGGAGAGCAUCACGUCGCUGAAGAUCCUGUGCACGCUGAACGUGUCGAGGAACGCGCUGUCCGGCGAGCUCCCCACGGAGAUGUCCAACAUGACGAGCCUCACGACGCUGGACGUGUCGUACAACGCGCUGACCGGCGCCGUGCCGAUGCAGGGCCAGUUCCUGGUGUUCAACGAGAGCUCCUUCGUGGGCAACCCCGGGCUCUGCGGCGGCCCGCUGACCGGCAGCAGCGACGACGGCGCCUGCUCCUACAACAACCACGACGGCGGCGGCGGCGUGCUGUCGCUCCGCCGCUGGGACUCGAAGAAGAUGCUGGUGUGCCUGGCGGGCGUGUUCGUGGCCCUGGUGGCCGCGUUCCUGGGCGGUCGCAAGGGGUGCGAGGCGUGGCGGGAGGCGGCGCGCCGCCGCUCCGGGGCGUGGAAGAUGACGGUGUUCCAGCAGCGGCCGGGGUUCUCGGCGGACGACGUGGUGGAGUGCCUGCAGGAGGACAACAUCAUCGGCAAGGGCGGCGCCGGGAUCGUGUACCACGGCGUGACCCGCGGCGGCGCCGAGCUGGCGAUCAAGCGGCUGGUGGGGCGCGGCGUCGGCGGCGACCGCGGGUUCUCGGCGGAGGUGGGCACGCUGGGGCGGAUCCGGCACCGCAACAUCGUGCGCCUGCUGGGCUUCGUGUCCAACCGCGAGACCAACCUGCUGCUGUACGAGUACAUGCCCAACGGCUCGCUGGGGGAGAUGCUCCACGGCGGCAAGGGCGGCCACCUCGGCUGGGAGGCCCGGGCGCGGGUGGCGCUCCAGGCGGCGCGCGGCCUCUGCUACCUCCACCACGACUGCGCGCCGCGCAUCAUCCACCGCGACGUCAAGUCCAACAACAUCCUGCUUGACUCGGCGUUCGAGGCCCACGUCGCCGACUUCGGCCUCGCCAAGUUCCUCGGCGGCGGCGGGGCCGCCGGCGGCAACUCCGAGUGCAUGUCCGCCAUCGCCGGCUCCUACGGCUACAUCGCCCCAGAGUACGCCUACACCCUGCGGGUGGACGAGAAGAGCGACGUGUACAGCUUCGGGGUGGUGUUGCUGGAGCUCAUCACGGGGCGGCGCCCCGUGGGCGGGUUCGGCGACGGCGUGGACAUCGUGCACUGGGUCCGCAAGGCCACCGCGGAGCUCCCCGACACCGCCGCGGCCGUCCUCGCCGUCGCCGACCGCCGCCUCUCCCCCGAGCCCGUGCCGCUGCUCGUGGGGCUCUACGACGUGGCCACGGCGUGCGUCGAGGAGGCGAGCACCGACCGGCCCAACAUGCGCGAGGUGGUGCACAUGCUCUCGCAGCCCGCCCUCGCCGGCGCCGCCACAGCCGACAGCGCGGCCCGGCCCGACGACGACCUUAUCCUCUCCUUCUGACCGGCAUGCCUUCGUUCAAGAUCGCGGUGGCUCGGGAAUUAAGCGGGGAGAUAAUUUAUGGUAAAUGUACGCGCUAAUUUUGGGUUUAACCCUUGGUGCUUAGGUAUUUUGUGGCGUGUGGAUGUGUAAUAACAACUACUACUCCUAGUAGCGUCAGUGUGUACUCUCUGAAGCUGAAAGCCAAGGCUGCGAGAGUACCUUGACUGGACGAUGCUGAAUGAACGAAUGUAUCUGUACAUAGUAGUAAAACCUCCGAGUUCAAAUAUCAACUGGCUACAUUAUUCA